CUGACUGAAGCAAUUGACUCUGGGUAUUUUGUUGACAAAGUUGGCAACAAGAUUAGUAUCUUCGAUGAUGAUGGUAUAACAAAUCUUGGUACAAUCCUCGAAGGAAACAAGGAUUCACUCAAUCUUGAGUACUAUGGAUCUUAUGAUCAACUUCUUAGAAACAUGUUUGAUCACAUCAGCGCCAAGAGUGAUAAGGUUUCGUACGUUCCAAGUGCUCUUCAAUUUUUUGUCACCAACAUGAGGGAUCCAUUGUUUUAUCGAAUCACAGACAUGGUUAUGAACAUGUUUUGGAGAUUCAAGGAACGCCAACCACUUUAUAGGCAUGAAGACCUAUCUUAUCCAGGUGUACACAUUGAAUCAGUUGAUGCUGGAAAAAUUUUAACAUAUUUCGAACCCUUCGAUGUCACUAUCAAUAAUGCUCUAAAUGUAAGAAAUCUUAAAGAUGGACUUUCCUUUAACAUCAAAACCAGGAAUUAUCGUUUGAACCACCAACCUUGGAAUAUAACCUUGACUUUAAACAGUCAUAAACAUACAAGAACAUCAAUUCGGGUCUUUCUUUGUCCAGUCGAUGAAAAUCAAGAUUUAUACGCUUUUGUUCGUAAAAACUACAUGAAAUACGUGGUGCAAAUAGAUAAGUGGACGGAGCGUUUGCAACCUGGUACCAACAUCAUCGUACGGAAUAGUCGAAAUGCGAUGUUUACGCAAAACUUUAAACAAGAUGCAGAGUCUUACCUGGAAUUCUACAAGAAGCUCCAUAAAGCUGGAGAAAAAAACGAAAAAUUUGUCUUUUAUCCACCUCACUAUGGUUUCCCUAACAAUCUGCUAAUUCCGAAAGGUAGGCCCGAGGGUAUACGAUAUAAAGUAAUAGUUUUUCUUCAUAGUUUCGAAGCGCUGAGGACACACGAAAUUCUGCUUUUUGGUGAACAUGCAUAUGACGGAAAACCUCUUGGUUUUCCACUUGAUAGACCAGUGGUACCAGGGAUAUUUGAACUUCCUAAUGCUUUUGUCACUGAUACAAUGAUUUAUCACAAACCGCUGAGAGGACUGCCCCCUGACAGCGGUGGUGACGGAUAUGAGAUACCCGAACUGGCUGCUUACUACAGAGCACUUAGAUCUCCUGAGGAAGGCUACCUGGUGGGCGUUUGA